AUGUUUCUUCAAUUGAUUCUUUUUCUUUUAUCAGCUUCUCAUGCAGAUAGUGAUUGUAUUGACAUUGAGGAUAAAGAGAUUGGAGGAUUAUGCUACAAAUUCGUGAAUUUAUCCAUGGAAUUCUAUGAUGCUCGUAAAUGGUGUCACUACCAGAGUCCAGUCCCUUCAUAUUUGGCAUAUGUUCCUGAUCUAUCCACUAGUAACUUCUUGGCUACUUACGCCCGUGCUGCAUUCGAAACCAAUCGUUUUUGGAUCGGCUUGAGCAGAUUCGAUUAUUUCGAUCCCUAUUUAUGGGAUAAUGGAAGACCGGUUACUUACACUAACUUUGGUACCGGUACAGGAAAUUUUGUCGCUGAACACACGCUUAACGGAAAAUGGUAUCUCUAUGGAAAUGGUGCAAAGAAUGUUUUCGUGUGCAGUUACGAUCCUGCUGCUCCACCAACUUUCCCUCCACCAUUUAUUUUGACGACUCGACAAAGUACUAUAACAAGCGCAAAUUCUUGUCAACCAGGCGGGCCUAUAAGUUUUUUAUUCGCGUACUCGAAUGAUCUGGAUCCACAAGUGGUAAAGGAUUCAUGGGAUUUGAGCAAUAUCGAUGAUUAUUCCGGGUACUCGGUAUAUGCAAUCGCAAAAUUCGAUGUGCUUGAAGAAGAGGACAUUGUGUACUUUUUGGAUAAAAAACUUGCUACGACAUAUGUGCACUCGCAUCUCUCAAACUCGAGUCUAGGAUUUAACGGCACCACUACAGGUAGCGACAGCUUACGAAUCAUUGAAAAGUUCUUCAACAAUAAAGAUGUCACCGUUUGCGGAUCAGUUUGCCUUAUUCUUGAAAAACGUUACCCCAAUGAUGAGGACAUUUCGAAGACAGUUUCACUUGUUCGGUAUUAUCAUGGAAUCGUUUACGCCGUUUCUUCCAUUAAUCCAUCAGGAGGGACUCAGUCCAAAGCAAUAUACAAUCUGACGUCUAGAACUAAUGGAAUAUGUAAUUUUGGAACCGAUUACUAUGCUGGAAAGUUGGUGACUUCGGUGCCAAUGUUUUAUCCACCAUACCCAAUUUAUUGUGCAAAUGUGCUAGUCUCUGGGCAAAACAUUACGGAGCUGCCUUCAAUGUACGUUCCACAGUCAAUAAUGUAUUAUACGGUGUUUGCGUCGGUGGAAGAUCACGGACCUCUUGAUAAUUUCCAGUCAUUUGAUUUUUCAUGGUUCAAUAGCGAUGAGCCACGCUACAUUCAACACUUGCAAUCUAACUCGACUGUCAUGGAUGGGGUUACGUCCUCUGGCGUGUACUAUAUAGCUCCGGAGAUCUAUACCAUGAAAGUACAGUAUAACUACACAAACAAAAUGGAACAAGCAAUGCAAGUCAGGGUAUACACUUAUGACGGAGAAAAUUCUGCGGAUUGGAUUCCAUACUGUGAUUAA